CGCAUAAAAAACAAGAAACGUGCGAUUUAGCUCGUGAUCACGUCGAAACUGUAAGCACGAAAUAAUGUUUGGGGUUCACCCGUGUCGUUUUUGAUUCCCACGUUUCUGAUCAACUGUGAGAGGAACUCCAGAAGUCUGUUCCAAUUUCUCAACAAACAAGCCCUGUUCUUGAUUGAAUUGGAAACCAAUCAUAGAAGUAACGUACACAUGGUACAGUAUCUGAGGUACUGGUAAAGACGACGCAACAAAAAGUGAAUAUGAUCAGUCAAGAAUGCAAAACAGCAUGCACAGCCCAAUGCCCCAAGACCAAAGUUGACUGACUCAGGACCUGUGUCUGAGCCUCAAUGCGUCAGAUGAGACGGCAGACAAUUUCCAGAUUCAGAAGCCUUCAUAGCUUUUCUUUUUAGAACACACAGCUAUCAAAAAGGUGUCAACGGAAACAGCUUCAUUUGGGAGCAUUUUUUCUCCACUGUUGGGCUGAGAACUAAGCAAUGGCCAUGGUGAGAGGAGGAUGGGGAGAUCCCAAUGGGGAUACUAAUGGACUUGGUGACAAAGGUUAUCUGAGGGGAGAUGAGGACGACGGGUCACCGCAAGGAGGCGGCAGUGACAUGGAGGCCGGGGAGGAUGAUAAAGGGUGCGUGGUGGACUGUGUGGUCUGCGGUGACAAGUCCAGUGGAAAACACUAUGGUGUGUUUACCUGUGAGGGCUGCAAGAGCUUUUUCAAAAGGAGUGUCCGCCGAAACCUCAACUAUACCUGCAGAUCAAAUCGGGACUGCCAGAUCGACCAACAUCAUCGCAACCAGUGUCAGUACUGCCGUCUAAAGAAGUGUUUCCGAGUGGGAAUGCGUAAAGAAGCAGUUCAGCGUGGUCGCAUCCCACCUUCACAUUCUAGUCUCAGCCCAUCCACAACUCCAGUGGGUGGUAAUGCUGGAAGCGGUGUGAAUGAGUUCUACAAUGGGCAGCCAGUGUCUGAGCUCAUCUCCCAGCUUCUACGGGCUGAGCCUUACCCCAACAGCCGCUACAGUCACCAGUACAGCCAGCAGAUGCAGGGGGGUGGUGGAUCCUCCAUGGGCAUCGACAGCAUCUGUGAGCUUGCCGCCAGACUCCUGUUCAGCACCAUCGAAUGGGCCCGAAAUAUUCCUUAUUUCCCUGAGCUGCCCGUGUCUGAGCAGGUGGCCCUGCUGCGGCUCAGCUGGAGCGAACUGUUUAUUCUAAACGCAGCUCAAUCUGCCCUGCCCCUGAACAUGGCCCCGCUGCUCGCUGCCGCAGGCUUUCACUCCUCUCCUAUGUCUGCUGAAAGGGUGGUGUCCUUCAUGGACCAGGUGCGUGUCUUCCAGGACCAAGUAGAGAAGCUGACCCGCUUGCAAGUGGAUUCAGCAGAGUACAGCUGUCUCAAGGCCAUAGCUCUCUUCUCACCAGAUGCAUGUGGACUGACAGACCCAGCUCAUGUUGAAAGCCUGCAGGAAAAAGCUCAGGUGGCCCUGACCGAAUACGAACGCAUGCAGUAUCCCGGGCAGCCCCAGCGCUUUGGGCGGCUGCUACUGCGACUGCCCGCUUUGAGGGCGGUGCCCGCCAACCUCAUCUCUCAGCUCUUCUUUAUCCGGCUCGUGGGGAAGACGCCUAUCGAGACGCUUAUCCGUGAUAUGCAGCUCUCUGGAAGCUCCAUCAGUUGGCCCUAUGUACCUGGACAGUAAUCAUUAUCAGACAUGACCACAGAGCCAAUCAGCCACCAGACUACUUUAGCAAACUACUGGGAAUCUCUGGUUCCCUCUCUGAUUUUAUUUUUUUUGCAUUCCUGCAUUCACUUCUGAUAUUGGCUGUAUGACCAAAUGCAACUGGGUCAUACAUUGGGAAUCAUCAAUUCUCUAAUAUCUUGCAGAUGGCUUGGUCAGUGUUCUGUGAACUGUUUUAAGACGCAAUGGCAUUUUCAAAGUUUGAUAACAAAUAAUAAUAAUGAAAUAUUUGAGGACUGUUUGUAAUCUCCCAGCCAAAGGUAAGAUGUUUGGUACAGUUUUAUAGUGAGUUAUUUAGUGGAAAAUGGUUGAAGAAUAAAACAAGGUCAGUAUAGGUGUCGUACAGCUAGCCAUUUUUAGAAUAACUUUAGAUUAAAAAAAUCAUUUGGGUGUGAAUAUGAAAUUUACCCUAAUGAUAUCCAAGUCACCCACCACCCCCACCCCACAGAGGUGGACAUGGACAUGACAUCCCAAAAGAACCCAAACAGAAACAGUAAAAAUUGGUGAAUUCUGAAGAAGUGAAUGUUGACCAUAUCUUUGAAGGUCCAAAAAAUACAUAAAGGCAUAAAAGUAAACAAUAAGACUCCAGUGGUUAAAUCCAUAUUUGCAGAAUUGAUAUGAUUGGUGUGGGUGAGAAACUGAUCAAUAUUUAUGUCCUUUUUUUUUUUUUUUUU